GCAUACCAUUAUACCUAAUCCUACACACCAGACGGGUUGCGUGGCACUGCUGCAUCAGCCGGUGGCCUGUGCGUUUGCAGACUAGCAGUUACAAGCCCUAGCUUUUCGCGGUCGUCCAUUAUUCGUUGACGCUUUAUGACAAUUACUAAGCGCCGCAGCGCUCAAGGCGCUGCUGAUCGGUCGCCGUUGAUGGACACGGCAGGAGCAAAGCAAAGAUUCCCUGCUACAAAACCCGAUUUCACGCUAGGGGACAUUCGCAAAGCCAUCCCGCCGCACUGCUUUGAGAGGUCAGCACUGCGAAGCUUUAGCUAUUUGGCUGUGGACGUGCUUUUGGUUGCGAUUCUGUGGUACGCGUCAACGUGGAUAGACCACCCAGCAGUGCCCAGGUGGCUGGCAUACUGUGUUCUCUGGCCGCUUUACUGGUUCUGGCAGGGCGCGGUAGCUACCGGCAUCUGGGUCAUCGCGCAUGAGUGCGGCCAUGGCGCAUUUUCCGAUUACGAGCAACUUAAUGACACAGUGGGCCUGAUCUUCCACUCACUGCUGCUGGUACCCUACUAUAGCUGGAAGCACUCGCACCGGCGGCACCACCAGCAUACGGGCAGUACGGAACUGGAUGAGGUGUUUGUGCCCGCGGUCAAGCCGGCGGGAAGCGAGGCCCCCUGGUACUUCCGCAGCGCCGUGUACCGCGCGGCUCACCUGGCCUUCCAGCAGCUGCUCGGGUGGCCGCUCUACCUCGCCUUCAACGUGUCGGGACACCACACAGAGCGCUGGGCCAACCACUUUGACCCCUUCUCGCCGCUCUUCACCAAGAAGGAGCGGGUGGAGGUGUUCAUCAGCGAUGUGGCCCUCGCGGCUGUGCUAGCGGGGCUGGUGGCGCUGGGCAGGGCGUGCGGGUUCGUGUGGCUGUUGAAGACGUACGGCAUUCCCUACCUCAUCGUGAACCACUGGCUGGUGAUGAUCACCUUCCUGCAGCACACGCACCCCAAGCUGCCGCACUACGGCGAGGGCGAGUGGGACUGGCUGCGGGGCGCCAUGGCGACGGUUGACCGGUCGUACGGCAUCCUCGACACUGUGUUUCACCACAUUGCUGACACCCACGUGGUUCACCACCUGUUCUCCUACAUGCCGCACUACCACGCGCAGGAGGCGACGAAGGCGAUUAAGAAGGUGCUUGGUGACUACUAUGCUCGCGACCACCGCAACGUGUUCCGCGCCUUCUGGGAGGACCUGGCGGAGUGCUGCGUUGUGACACCUGAUGCGGGGGGGCCGGACAAGGUAUACUGGUACCACGGGUUUGCGGCGCAGUAGCGGGGAGCGGGGUUCGGAAGAGGAUGUGAGAGCAAGAUGGUGGCAAGCAGUCGCGGAGGUGGGGGUUG